CCAACUCAUCAGACCAACUGCCCCAAAUUAUUCGACCUUCCCUUCGCCGCAGCUGAUACACCUUCAAACAUACCCAGUAUCCAUACCAUACGUCUUCUCACUAUGGCUGUUCCUACACCAAUCCGCGACCCUCUGCUGCAGCACAUGUUCGCAUAUCUCAACCCUCGCCGCGAUGAACUCCCCUCCCACAUCGUUGAGACCAUCGCUGGAAAUCUCACAUUUCUGGUGAAAUACACUGCCGGUCCUAGUGUCCGCGCUUCCCAGAUCUCAAUUUCCGUGAUCGACGUCCGUGGACCCAACAACAGUGAAGUCGGCCACAAGGCCACAGUCUGUAUUCACGACGGCCCAGGCAAGUUUACAGUCGUGAUGUGGAAGCAGGUAAAUUGGGGUCAAAAUGUCGUAAUCGGGCUGGGAGAGAAAGUGGACAAGGCUAUCAAAGAUAUCCUGGCGAAGGAAGGAAAUGACGGAUAUGGUGACUUCGAGGGCUAGCAAGCAAUUUGAUCGAUGCUCUCUUGUUGGACAAGAAGUUCUUGGAAGAAACUUGUUAGCCGACUACGUGAAGCUUCGCUUCUAUCACCGUUCUCUCGACCUGGUGUCAGUUCAUCUACAAUAGGCUGUAAAUAUCGGCUAGUGAUAGCAUGAAGGAUUCACAUCACGUAUCAGUGCCUAGGAAGAAGAAGAAGGUAUGGGAACAGACAUAGAAGCUCAUCUGGAAAGCCUCAAGGCCGUGUACCGGUACUUCAC